AUAAUUAUUACCGAAAAUAUAACGUUAUAACGCGUUAACGCAGUUAAGUAACGAGUUAAAACGUGUAGUAAGGCUUUAAUUCAGCUUUAAUUGAAAUGUCAGCUGUCAAAUCAAUGUUUAAUAAUAUCACAGUAUUUGGAACGCAUCCCGCCCCUAUAUUAUUUGCUACAUAUUUUAACUCAUUUUCUUUCUGUUUUUUUUACUCUAUAAAUAAACUUUAACAUUUCGAAUGGUCCUAUAAAUAACUCGCGUAAUUGUGCGUUUAUCCUAGCAUCAGUAUAUAACUCAACUUCGUCUAGUAACCGGCGAAAUGCGAUAUUUUUUAUUAACGAUAGUCUUCAGUUCUGUGCUUGCGUUUGAAAAAGAUGUUACAUUCACAGUUCAGCCCGGCCACACGGACUGUUUCUUCCAGAAAGUUAAGCCCAAUGAAGUUAUCGACAUUGAAUACCAGGUGAUAGAUGCGACACAUGGCGAGCUGGAUAUCUCAUUCCAACUGGCGGAUGCAGUCGGCCGGGUGCUGGUGGCCGACUAUAAGAAGCCGGAGAAUAGUCACCGACACACUGCCACCGUGGAGGGUGACUAUAGAUUCUGCUUCGACAAUAGCUUCAGCACAUUCAGCACCAAAACUGUAUUCUUCGACCUGAUGACCACGAGCGACGACGCGCCCGAACACGACUACGACGAGGACAAGGAGAUGGAGCUCGGCAACUCGCUGGAGUCGUACAUAAUGAAAGUUCGCGACAUCUCGGAGUCCAUAACCCGCGUUAAGGACAACGUGGGUGCGGCGCGGAGGUUACAAGAAGCGCACUCGGCGAGGGAAGCGAGGGACAGAAAUGUAGCUGAGGAAAUGAAUGCCAGAGUAAUGACGUGGUCCAUGUGGCAGAUCGUGCUGAUGAUCGGAGUGGGGAUCACGCAAGUCAUUUUCGUGCGAAGUUUAUUUGAAGACAAACAUAGUCGCUUCAGGAAGCUCAUCCCCAGCUUCAGCUCACAAUGACACUAGUUACAACUCGCCCCAGUGUGUCACAACCCGCCCCAGUACGUAACAAGUCGCCCCGGUGCGUCACAACACGCCCCAUGCGUCACGACCCGCCCCAGUACGUAACAACUCGCCCCAGUGCGUCACAACUCGCCCCGGUGCGUCACAAGCACAAUUAGCACAACACAUGGCAUAAUAACAACAUUAGUGAACAUUUAUCCGAAUAAUACAUUUAUUUUUUCAAGUGAAUUAGUUUACAUAUUAACUCACAUUUAUAGACGGGUCUAACGCGAAUUUUAUUAAAUUACCUUGAUUUAACGACGUUUCGACACAGGUUCCACUGGUCGUGGUCGCGGCUGACUGAUGUCCCAGCAAAAUGUCAAAACAGAGAUUUGUGCAACUACCCACUAAUACUACCUACUACCUAUGUGUGUACUAAUGUGAGUUAAUAUGUGUACAAAACGCGAAAGUUUAGAAUAUUGAAUUAGUUUAGUUUAAAAUCUUUAAUGAAUUGUAACUUUGUUUCGUUUUAAUUAUAUAAUAAUAGUAGAAAAUGUUCACAAGGCAUACUCGCCGUAGUA